GAAACGAAUAGGCCGCUUUCUUAACGGCCUCUCGUCAGAGCGAGAAAAAGAGUUGAUGGCCUCGCGUUGAGAUAGUUCUCUUAGAGCCCACAGGCUGCUAGGAAAAGGCAGAUGGAGCCCUUAAUUGUAAUGCUGAAGCUCUACAGACAUAAGUAUUAUUAGUCAAAAAUGGUGUCAAGGUUCUGACUGAAGCAUGUCUUCUGAUCAAAGUAAGGACCUGAUACCUUAGUUGCUAUCGGCAACAGAAAUUUAGAUGUCUUCUGCACCAUGAAAUCAGCCAGUGUUGGAGCAACUAAACAUUCAGUACUUCCUCCCAUCAUCCCAGAGACUGAGAAAGAAUUUCUGGAGAGCAUUCAGAAUUAUAUCAUUUCAGAAAUUGAAAACGUGGGCUGUACUGAGCAAGGACCAGCAGAGGAUUAUUACAUAAUAUACAGAAAUGUGUUUGAAAUGAUAAUUGAGCAUGUUAAUGCAUACAAAAGCAUUUUGACCACAAUCAAACAAGAAUAUGAUGCUUUUAUAGAAGUAAUAAAAAAGGGCCAGCAUGAUGCAUUUUAUCUUCAUGGAAAAUUUAAAACGUUAGCCUGCGAAUCUUCAACUUUAACGUAUUAUAAGAAAAGAAUAACUCAGCUGGAAGAAAAAGUGAAAAGAAUUGAGAAGAAUUCUGUAAGAACUGAGAACUUAAUAGAGAAAAUAAAAAGUUUAAGGUUAACACUCUUAUUAAAAGAAGAUUUAUCUCCAGUCAAGAAAGUUAAUCCUGCUAAAAAAAUUCCAGGUCUUAAUAUGAAAGACUCUCUUGAUAUAGAUGUCCUUUCUAAUCACUUAACUCAUCUACAAAAAAGGUUUAAGGAGUUGAAAGAAGACAUGCUGACAAAAUACAUUCCCAUAGAAAACACAGCCAAUGUUGAAGGAGACAUGAAUCAAGCUCUUAAAAAGCGAAAUGUAGCUGAAAAAAAUAAUGAGAAUCUGAAGUUUUGUUAUUAUCGUCUAACUCUGUUUGCAAAUGUGGUCGUUGUCUGGGAGAAUUCAGACAAGAGUAUUGAGACACUGCACCACCUCAUUCAUCAAAUGAUAGAAAGUGAGGAACUUGCAAAAGGUUCAAUUGCUUCUAGUGUCUCAAGUGUAUUUGAACGUGAUCCUGCUAAAAGCAAAGAGGCAGAAGAUCUGAUUGAAUAUAUUGAAAGAUUCAAUGAACUGUUUUCCCGUUGUCAGUAUGAGGCUGCAGCAACAUAUGCAGCAAACUGUCCUAGAGGAAUCCUACGCAAUGAAGAAACCUUGGAGAAAUUUAGGGCUAUUGGUCAUGUUAAAGGGAAGAUCCUUCCUCUGCUUUUGUAUUGUGAUGCACUCAUAACUACAACCAUUGCUAUUAAGAAGGCUCUUCCUGCAAAUUUGACAACCGAAGCCAUCAAAUGUGCCUUAGCUGAGAAACGGUUAGACUUGGUGAUGCAUUGGAUCACAUUGUUCAAAUUGGAAUUCUCUGAGGCUGCCGGUGAUGCAAUCUUUAGGUAUGCAGAUGUGGAUACGCACAACAGGUCCCAGUGUCUAGCUUUGGCUCAAAUUGCAUACAGUGAGUGUGGGGCACACAAAAAAGCUGUUUUAUGCUUGUGCAAACAGGGCCAGAUUUAUGGAGCCCUGGAUUAUCUACAUCAUUUCAGAGAACUUUCCACAGGGGAUUAUAUCUUUCUACUGAAGCAUUGUCCUCGUAUAGAUUUCAUCCGUUUCCUUACUCAAGAAUGGGAUGGGCAACCACCAAUCAUGUCCCUUGCGGAAACCAUCCUUUCUCUCAUUGGAACAGAACAUCAAAUACAUGGCAUGCGCUUGUUGGAGGAUAUUACCAAAAAGGGCAAAGAUACAUUGGAACAGAUUAUUGUAAAAGAUGCCACCAAUGUGGAAGGAUGGAAGGAGAUAGCUGAAACAUGCCUCAAUGCCAAAAAGGAAAAUUUAUACAAACUUAUCAUCUCUAUCCUUGUUAGCCUGGAAGGAGUGUUUGAAAUUCAAGCAGAUGAUGCAGAGGAUGCCAAAUUAAUGGAACACGUGUUCUUGUAAUUUUUCCACAAGGCACGUGGAGGAGCUCUUUGUCCUAGGAGUUGUUUAUAUUGGCUGCACAAAUAACAACACAACUUCUUCGUGUUAUUUCUGUUUUAAAAACGUAAUAUAUUUAAUACCAUGAAUCUGAUUUGAUUGUGCUACAGUUGCUGCUCAUGCUCGAUCAUUUGCCCUUGUUUUACUUUUAAAAUGGGGUUGCUUUCUGAAGUAAUUUAGCUGUGUUUACACCAGAUCACUUGUGAGUUUUCUUCCCUUUUUCAGUAAUUGGUUUUCUCCUAUUUUUUUCUUCCUAUGGUCAGGAAGUUGAAUCAAUUGUUGGAGACACAGUCUUUCAUCUCCCAAAUAGUCACAUUUGUUUAAUUUUUUUAAUCAUGUUGCUCUUAUGUGGAUACAUUUAGUGGCAAAAUUAGAAAUUAUCUCUAAUAUACACAUGGAUAGGAUGCUCACAACUUAGCUACACAGUUAUUCUUUCCAUUCUAUGAACUGGAAUGAAACUAGAAUAAUUCCUGGUUUCUCUAAUGGAAUCAAUAUUUUUGGACUAAUGGUUAUGUAACUUUUGUAGUCUUUCCUGGCAUGGUUGUUGGAUUAUGAAAGGUAUAGUCCCAAUGUACCCAGAAGAUACCAGGUGGUGUUUAAACCACAUAGAUUAAUUUGUAUUUAAGCUAUUUAGAAAGUCCAUCCUAUUGUGAAACAUUUUGUUAUACCACAGAUUCUGGAUUUCUAACAAAUUAAGCAAAUUUCUAAAAUUAUAUCUCUAAAAUGAUUGUAUUUCAAGAUAUAUUUUCAUCUUUAUGUUCCUUCCUUUACAGCAAGCAGUUCAUUUCUUUCACCCCAUAAACCUGCCACGUAAGCAGGGAAAGCCCAUAGCUUGAAGGUGAUGUGAAUUGGUUAAUGAAGAUUUUCUUGCACUCACAUCCAAUUAUAUUUCACAGGGGUUUUGUGAUAGAAACAAACCAAGAAAAAAAAUACAUGUUUAUCAAUGUAUCUACUCUUCACCAUAAUGUGUUUUAAGCAGGUUGAUACAGAACAGCUAAGAAUUAG